AUCUGUAAUUUUCCUUUGAAUAGUGCUUAAUUAGUGUUACUUAAAUUGGCGCAUAAACUGUAACAUUUCGAAGACGCUGUUCAAAUGUUAGUUUUAUUUGAAUUGGCUUUGCAAUCAAAAGCAAAUUGUUAACCACUAUGUGUACCACUCCUAUCGAAGGACAUUGAAUGAAACAGGGUAUUCAUAGGCUGCACUGGAUUUUAAGUUGCGUUCUCUAGCUCUAGCUAAUAUAGUUUCCUGGAACGCAGUAAUUUUCUAUGUUUAUUUGUGCGCGCCAGUAGAGUUGAAAGCGUUGAAAUUUCGCGAAACACGCCAAAGAUAAAUCAAAUUUCUACUUAGUUGGCAGCACUGUCAUCCGUAGAAUACACUUUUGACAGCACGCACGACCCGCAGACGCGUACGGUCGCGUGAAAAGUGAACCAAGGUAACACUGUGAGCCGUUCCUUCUGUUGGUGGACCUCGGCGUAGUGCUGCUGCUGCCGUUUGUUUGAUAUACCUACUGACCGUUCGUCCGUGCGAAGGAGUCACUCGAAGGGCUUUUGGACCGCAUUUGUGCGAUAUCGAUAUCGAUCGAGGCGGGCCAAUUUACCACCGCACAAGUGCUCGAAGAAAUCGCGCGACGGAAGGAAGAGCUGUGUGUGUUCCGGGCGACGGAAGAAAGGAAGUGGUGAGCUUUCGAGUCGAUCGGUCAAAACUGGCAAUCGCGUUGGAUUCGAAGAAAGCGAAAAUGGUUCUUGCGGAAAGGACUACGGAAAGCGGUGUGCGGAACGGGCGUAGAUCGCGCGGUCCCAGUCCCAACGGUCAUCCGGGAACCGGUGCGGCCACGGCCGUUGCUGCCGGGGGAAGCGGAACAACCGACUCCAGCUCCGACGAGGAAAACUCUCGCAAAAACGGCAACACUUCGAAGACAACAAAGACUAAAAGUGAAUAUGAAGAAAAAAUCCGAGUUGGUCGUGACUAUCAGGCGGUGUGUCCAGAACUUAUACCACAACCCUAUCGAAAACUAGAGCUACUGAACGACCGUGCCUUGCUCGUAUGGUCACCGACAAAAGAAAUUCCCGACAACAAACUGGAGGAAUAUAUCACGGUAGCCAAGGACAAGUAUGGCUACAACGGUGAACAGGCGCUCGGUAUGCUUUUCUGGCACAAACACGAUCUCGAGCGGGCGGUACUGGAUUUGGCCAAUUUCACACCUUUCCCAGACGAGUGGACCGCCGAGGAUCGAGUUCUGUUUGAACAAGCUUUCCAGUUCCACGGGAAAAGCUUUCAUCGUAUCCGUCAGAUGCUGCCCGACAAAUCCAUUGCGAGCUUAGUGAAAUUUUACUACUCGUGGAAAAAGACGCGUAGCAGAACGAGCGUAAUGGAUCGCCAAGAAAAAAUGAAGAAGAACGACAGCUCGGAAAAUGGAAGCGAUCACGGAAGCAACGAGGAAUCGGAUAACGAGGACAAGCCUGCCACGAACAGUACAACGGGUGCAAACAGUAACAGCGCCGGCAAUAAUAAUUCCGGAGCUGCGAAUGGUCAGUCGUGCAAUAGCAACGACUUGGUCCGGGAUGCUGCCGCCACCAACGCCACCGCAAACGAAAGCAAUGGCAGUUCGGGCCUUGGACCGAACGCCACCAGCACCGAUGGGUCCCUCAAUUGUACCGGCUGCGGGGUAAUGUGCAGUGAGGUGCACGCGACAACGCAAGGGAAACUCUGUGGCAGUUGCCAUCAUCAUUGGAGACGCACCGGCGUGUUGCGUCCAACGUCCGGACCAUUCAUGAGCAGACGUGCGCGGGGUUCGAAUAUGCUUGGCAAGAGCGGCGACAGUCACAAACGUCGCCCGCCCAAGGGCAUGUACAUCAACCACGACGACAUCGUGAAGCUGGCCAGUACUGCCCAGAACGACGACGGUAGUAGGAAGGGGAAUCCGAACGACGAUCUGCUGGCAUGCAUGGAUCGGGAGAUCGUUUCACUUUUGAGUCAAAUUCAGUACAACAAGCAAACGGUCAGUGGGCUUAAGCGCAAAAUUGACGAUGCGCUGGAGGUGCUGAAGCCACCGGAGGGAAACACUGCCCGCCUGAAUUCUCGUUGGAACAACGAGGAGUUGCUGCUCGCGGUGCAAGGCGUACGCAUUUACGGGCGCGAUUUUCAGGCCAUUGCCGAUACGCUUGGCUCGAAGACCGAGACGCAAGUGCGCGCCUUUUUCAUGAACUAUCGGCGCCGGUUUAACCUGGACGCUGUGCUAAAGGAGUUUGAGAUGGCCAGCAGCAACAGCAGCGCGAAGGACCAGUCGAUUGGUUCCAAAAAUAACGGGGCUACGGUCAAGAAAGAUGCUAGCGAGAAUCCGUCGGCGGAGGGUGGAGGAGGUGCCAGCGUAGAAGUGGCCGAUCAAUCGCUUGCGAGCGGAUCGUCCGAGACAGACAAACCGAAAGCCUCCACUCCAUCCGGGGAAGUUGUUGAGAUAAUGGAUGUAAAAUAAACCGGAAUAAAAAGGAUUGGCCUCGUCGAUGAUGUUAACAACAGAGUUACGGUGGUAGCAACAACAAAUGGACAGGUAGCCGUAAAAGAAGAGCCUUUAGAAAUGGUGAACAACGACAGCAGUAUGAUUGAUGCACCCUUGAACAGCAGUAU